CGUUGGCCAGGGUAUCCCCUCCCCCUGGAGCGGCUGGCUAGAAGGCAAUAACGCUUCUCGCUGUUGCAUUGCUUGCAUUGCUAGCUUUGCCUCCUCCCCCCCCCUCCAGCAGCCGCCAUACUGUGGGGCAACCCAAACUUGUUACACAUUGGCACCAACUCCUCCUCCUGCUGCUGCCGCCGCCGCCCCCAUUUCGGUUCCCAUCAGCUGCGGCUGAGAACACGGCAAAAGGCCAGCGAACCUGUUCCUCGGGAGGAAUAAACAAAAAGAGGCUAACGAAGUUGGAGAUAACAGCACUAGCAGGAAUACAGUGAAUCCCAUAAAAAGUCUUCUGAUCUUCAUGAACCACAGAAGGCUUUUGCUUCAGACUGUGUAAAGAAUAGUGUGAGUCCCUACAGUUCUUUACUGUACAAGAAACUGAAAGCAUUGGUAUUUGUGUAAUUCUGCAUGAGGAGAGCAAUUGCAAGAAGCCAGUCCUCUUUCAGAAGAAUUAAAUGAGGGGAAGUAGGCAGCCAUAUGCAAAUCAAGGAUAUAAAGUACUGAAGAUAUCUGGACUACCUUGUUGGACCUAAUUUGCUAUGCUGUAAAGAAAACAGAUACUUUAAAUAGUUAAUUCCUUGGAAGAAAAAUUAAAAAGUACCAAAUGGUGACAGACAUCUCCCCAAGAAUGCUGAGGACCUUGUUGCAGCACUUUCCACAAUGUAAAUAGGUUGUUUUUACAUGUGAUACGGUUUUAUAUCUAUAAACUACCUUGAGAAGUGGGGUUGAACGGUGGGACAUAAAUAUUGUUGCCUGAAGAGCUGGAGCUACAUGGAGAUAUGCAGAUGUACCAGUUAUGAGCAAAAGAAUUAAAAACCAACAAUAUAAAGUAUACAGUAAAAGUCCAGGAAACAGUAGCAUGAUGCUUGGAGGCGAGGUGGUGAUGGCGGCAGUGGCACGUGAGGCGCCUUAGGUACCUGGUGGUGGCAGUGUGGUAGUGCAAGCAGCGUGCAGACAAGAUACAUAUGGUUCCAAAGCGGUCACCCAUCCAUGGACCGACCAGCCCCAAAUCUGUUUAGCUUCAGCAAGCUUUAUAUACCACGCCAGCUAAUCAGAAGCAUGUGCUUAAGAAGCAGAAGAGUUGCUGAGGCUCAUUCUGGAAAUCCUUUUAGUUCACUAUCUUGGCAAAUAUAUGUUUAUUGGGAGAAGUGAUCUGUCAGAUAAUAGACAUUCAGAAAUCCCCUUGCAAAGGAAGCAGCUGCAUAUUCAUUUAAUUUGAAGAUGCAUAUAUUUUCACAAACUCUCUGAAUUCAAAGGACAUUUCUUCUGCCAAAUGAACUUUUGCUGCUUUAGUUACCCAUGCUUCCAUAGAAAAAAGACACUUAAUAUGGCUCUCGUUCUAUAUGGAGCUGCGAGUUUAUUUCUUGGAAUGGCAACAGCAUUUGGUCCAGUGCCCCGGAUUACUUGGGAACACAAAGAAGUUCAUCUAGUAUAUUUUCAAGAGCCAGAAACAUUUAACUACUCAACCUUGUUGCUAAGUGAAGACAAGGAUGUUUUAUACGUAGGAGCUAGAGAAGUGAUCUUUGCACUAAAUGCAUUGAAUAUUUCUGAAAAAAGGCAAGAGGUGUUUUGGAAGGUCACGGAAGACAAAAAAACCAAAUGUGCAGAAAAGGGCAAAUCCAAACAGACAGAGUGCCUUAACUAUGUCCGUGUCUUACAACAGCUGGAUGAUACUUUGCUGUAUGUAUGUGGAACUAAUGCAUUUCAGCCCGUCUGUGAUCAUUUGAACCUGACAUCAUUUAAACUUAUGGGUAGAAAUGAUGAUGGUAAAGGAAGAUGUCCAUUUGAUCCUGCACAAAGUUAUACAUCAGUUAUGGUUGAUGGGGAUCUUUACUCUGGAACGUCUUACAACUUCUUGGGAAGUGAGCCAAUUAUUUCUAGGAACUCGCUGCAAAACCCUUUAAGGACAGAAUAUGCAAUUCCUUGGCUUAAUGAACCAAAUUUCAUUUUUGCUGAUGUCAUAAGAGCUGGUCCAGACAAUCACAAUGAGGAGGAUGACAAAGUAUAUUUCUUUUUUACUGAGGUGUCUGUGGAAUAUGAAUUUCUUGGCAAGCUGAUGAUUCCAAGAAUAGCUAGAGUUUGUAAGGGGGAUCAAGGGGGACAUAGAACUUUGCAAAAAAAAUGGACCUCGUAUCUCAAGGCGAGAUUGCUGUGUUCUGUACCAGAUAAAAAUUUGUUUUUCAAUAUUGUCAAUGAUGUCUUUAUCCUGAAGCCUCCAAAUUCAAAGGAGACAGUGAUUUAUGGGGUUUUUUCCCCACAAUUGAAUAAUGUGGGGCUAUCAGCAGUGUGCGCCUACAACAUCUCCUCAGUGGAGGAUGUUUUUGCCAAAGGGAAGUACAUGCAGAGCACCACAGUUGAGCAGUCCCACACGAAAUGGAUGCGAUACAAUGGAGAAAUUCCUAAUCCCCGGCCUGGAGCAUGUAUAAACAAGGAGGCAAAGUCAGACAAUUUCAAGACUACACUCAGCUUACCCGACAAAACGCUACAGUUUGUCAAAGACCAUCCUCUGAUGGAUGACUCUGUGACCCCAAUAGGAGACAGGCCAAGACUGGUAAAGCGUGAUGUAAAGUAUACACAGAUUGUGGUAGAUCAAGUCCGAGCACUGAAUGGCACUUUGUAUGAUGUCAUGUUCAUCAGCACAGAUCAAGGAGCUCUUCACAAAGCAAUCAGUUAUGAAAAUGGAAUGCAUAUUAUUGAAGAAACUCAACUCUACCCAAACUUUGAGCCCAUUCAAACUCUGUUGCUUUCUUCAAAAAAGGGCAAGCAGUAUCUGUACACCGGGUCCAAUGCUGGAGUUGUCCAGUCUCCUGUUGCAUUUUGUGACAAGUACAGCAGCUGUGUGGACUGUGUCCUGGCAAGAGAUCCAUACUGUGCUUGGAAUCCCCAUGAAUCUCUUUGUGUUGAUAUCUUCAAAGAAAGUGAGGCUGAAAGGGACUGGAUUCAGAAUAUAGGCGGAGAUGCCUCUUCCUGUGCUGAUAAAGUAAGAGAGCAUUCUCUGCAGCACACUUUCAAGCACGGCAGCACUGCAGAGCUAAAGUGUUCUCAGAAGUCCAACCUGGCCCAAGUGGUUUGGAAAUUCAAGGAUGAUGUGCUAAAGGUGGAGAGUCCUAAGUACCGUCUUCUGGAGAAAGCGCUGCUGAUAUUCAAUUUGUCUGAAAGCGACAGUGGCAUUUAUCAAUGCCUGUCGGAAGAAAAAGUGAAGAAUAAGAAGUUUUCACAAGUGUUAGCUAAACAUAUUUUGGAACUGAAAAAAAUCCAGCACACCACUCUGAGCCCAUCCCAACCAACCACACGGACAGAAGGUAAUGGGGAAGCACCCAAAAUGUCACCUUUAGCUACCCAGGACUCAGCUGCUCACACUUCGACUGCCCCAAUUGUGCCAAUCACAACACCCAGGAUAGUAAUAAAUCCCAUUGUCCCCAAACUAGUGAGCACUGCUCCUGACGUUGAACUCUUGAACUCGCCUCCUGAGGUCUCUGCCAAGACAAUGUUUCUAAAGUCAAAUGAUAAUUGCCUUUUGAUGUUUCUCUUUCUGUUCUUUUUUGUGCUCUUCCUGUGUCUCUUUGCUUACAACUGUUACAAAGGGUAUUUACCAGACCAAUGUCUCAAGUUUCGUUCUGCUAUGUUACUUGGGAAGAAGAAGUCCAAGGCAGAUUUUUCUGAUUGUGAGCAAAGCGUGAAGGAGACCCUGGUGGAGCCAGGCAGUCUCCUGACCCAAAGUGGAGAACAUCCAAAGCCAGCACAUGACACCGGAUAUGAGACUGAAGCAGACUAUGGAAAUGGACAUGUUCAACAUGAUGAGAAUCAUUCACAGUCUUACAAAGAAGUCAAGGACAAGCCUUUUGACGUUAAGUGUGAACUGAAAUUUGCUGAUUCUGAUGCUGAGGGUGAUUAAAGGAGAAAGUCAUCACCUUCCGUAAUGAAAAGUACUGCCAUUCUGGAUCAUUUGUUUUUGAACGCAUAAGUUUUAGAUGUGAUAACUGGGCCAGAAAGGGCUACGUGUUCACAAUUUUAUAAGUGACACAUUGUCAUUUCAUAUGUGGAAAGACCAGAAAGAAAUCCUGCAUUUUCUGAAAACCAUUCUGUAACACAUUUUUAUGGGUUUUUUAAUUUUAUUUUAAAUAGCCAGUUAUGGGUUCACAUUGUGAGCUUCUGAGCUUCCCCCCACUCCCCAGCUGAGGAUGAUUUAACACUUGCACAUACUGACUGUUUUAAUUAAACCCUUUUUCACAGAAGGUAAAAUUAACUCUUAUUGCAGAGCCAUGCCAAAAAGGAUUUAAGUAGCUCCAGCCUGCACGUAUUUAACUGCCAUAAAAAAUUAAUUUCAGUUUAAUUCCAAAUUGGAAAUGAUGUUUAGUUUAUCAGAUUGGUAAAUAAUAGCCUUUUUGUCCAGAUUGGGACUUUUCUUUGGAUCUAGUGGUUUUACUCCAUUAGUUGUAUUUGUCUGGUAGUGUUAGCUAGUGAAAGAAAUGUUGGAUGUUUCCAAAACUGUUUGUGUACCUUUUUAGAAUAUGAUGUAUUCUAGAUUUGCAUAAGGUUCUCAGGGAUAAGCUUUGGUUAAAUGCUUUUUGUUUGUUUUUGUUUUAGAGACAUGGAUGUGGUAAUCAUUUUGAGAGCUUAAUGUUCAUUUUUGGGUUAUGGGGAGGUUAGCUUUAGAAGGUAGAUUUUUUCAAAAAGUUGUAAACUGCCACAUUAACUGGAUUUUAUGGAUUUAUUCUAAGAUUUUUAAAAGUAGAUAAUUGUGGACAAACAGUAGUCACUGAACCACGUCAGUGUGAGAGGCAGUGCAGAACUUGGCAAACAUUUGAUGGACCUCUGAAAAGAGGCUGUUGAGCAUACGAUUCCUUUUACAACUUUUUUCACAGUUGGGAAGCAAUCAGAUUCCACCCUCUCCCGCCUCUAUAAUCAACUUUGCCAAAUAUUUUCACAUUUUCUUUACAACAUCCACUAACGUUUUCCAAAAAGGCACCUGGAGAAAGAAACCUGCGAUGAGCAGAAACUGCCCAAAGGGUCAGCCGCUUUAUCUCUCCUGGGACUCAGAUACAAUGUGGUUCACAACUGCACUAUUUGUAAAACGCCCGAGUGCUGUACAGUUUUGAAUACUUGUCUCUCACUGUCUUAGUGUCUUCAUGUAAAUAUGGUUACAGAGGCCGCUCACCGCUGAAUCAGCAAAAUGUCCAAGGCUCCUUUUUCUUCGUUAAUGUUGAAAUCUUCCCCAACACCGAUUAGACGGUCUUAGUGUGAACUGUUUUAUAUUUUGUAUGGUUCAGUUUGCUUUUAUUUUUCUAUUUUUAAUUAUGUGUAUAUGAAAAAGUACUGAAAUAAAUAUUGAAGUUCAUUGUA